AGCCAUACUUGCGAUGAACACCGAGAGGGCAAGGCUGAGCCAGGCGGAUAAAUGGGAGUGGCGGUGGCACCGUUAACUGCUGGUAGCCAGUGAGCGGAAGAUUUGUAAUCUCUGUCACCGAGCUGCCCUGCCAUUGGCUUUUACGGAGAAGCUGCCGCCAGAGAGUCAGUGAGGCGACAAACUGGGAAUGGUCCCGGGCUGAGUCUCCACAAUGAGCCGGGCUCAUAGCCGCCUGCUCCACACUUGACGCAAACCGUCUGAACUUAACGUGGCUCCGCUGCAGCCACACUACACUUGGGACAUUUUGCCUAUUUUAGUCGCCGAGACGCUUUUUGAAGGACGACUGACAUCGCCUCACCUUAUGAUUUCAUUCUGCUAAAGCUCUUGCGAGGCACAACAGUUUCUUCAUGGCGUCUCCACAACAGUCAAGAAUUCAGUCGUAUCUGGAGAAGAAUAAAAUCGGACCCUUGUUUGAGGAGUUGAUGACCAAAUUGAUAACUGAGACUCCCGACCAUCCAAUCCCUUUUCUCAUUGAUCACCUGCAGACCAAGCAAGACAGCCCUGGCAAACUGCACAGAGCUCUCUCUGGCUCCGCAGCACUGUGGGCGCAGAGCUCCCCAGAAAGCAAAAACCCUCGAAGGGAGAACAGCAACUAUGAGAAGCCAUGGCAAAUUCACCCAAAGAAGCCGAAAAAGUCCAAGAGCGACCUGGCUGUUUCGAGUAUCUCUCCUCCUUCACCAGAAUCCAAGUCUUUGCCACGGUCAAACCAGUACCCAUCCUGGGAAUGGAGAGAGAGCCGUGACUUUGAUGAGCUCAACCACAUUCUGCAGGAGAGCAAGAAGCUGGGCAAGGCCCUGGAGAGUCUGUCACGCAGCAUUGCCAUCUCUGAUGAGCUUGACCAGAACUUGGGAUGCUAUAACUCAGUGGUGCGCCCCCGGGUGGUGGGGGAGUGGGUUGGUCGGGAAGAAGAGGACGCGGACCCCCUGGCUUCUGAGAUGCUGCAACCCCCCGUCCCUCGGGCUAAAACUGAAGUGUGCUGGAGUGGAGACAGCAGCCCUGCUGGGAGCCUGAAGAUGGAAGCAAAGAGCAAAGGGCUAAGGGAGCAGCAGCAGCAUCACAAAAAGCUCCUGGCAGCCAUGUUGUCCCAGGACUCCUUUGAUUCUGUCCAUAGCCCUGUCCCCUCCGUCGCAGAGGAAGAGAUGGAGGACGAUGCCAUGGAGCUUCUGGAGGACCUGGAUGACCUGCGGAUGGAGGGUGUGACGGGCUUGGCUCCAUCUGGCAGUAAGUUCAGCCAGGGACGCAGCUCCUAUCAUACUGAACCGCAGGCCAAAGUUACACUCAACAUCUGCUCUAGGUGUGCCAGGUUGCAGGGGGACAGUCUAUCAGACGGCAGAUCUGAAGAGGAGCACAGGCCUUACAUAUCUGAACAAGCUGUACCUGACAUCUCCUCUCCAUUGCCCGGGGUGGACACAGUGGCGGGACGGUUUCAGGAAUGCGAGGCCUUGUCUCAAGUGUCAGGCUCUCGUCAGGCUGUCUGGGAGGCUGAUCUGAAGGCUGUGAGAGGUGGGAGCUCUGUCGGGCAGACGGGUCUGCUACUGGGUGACUCCCUCUUUUCUAAAGAGCUGGAGAACAUGGGCAAACAGCUUGCUGAGGUUGAGAAGGACCUGGCCAAGCUGGCAGAAGUAGGGAAGAUGACCACUCGGAGUUCCAACAAUCCGCACAGUAGUCUGCUCCACACCCCUCUGCGUCACAGAACACUACCCGACACACUUCCUCUCACCAGCUUGCUCUCUAGACCCCAGUCUCCAGCAGGCAGCCUCUCAGGCAAGCCCUGCGGUGUGGGCCUCCCUCAGCUCAGCCCCAAGCCCACCUCCCUGGUCAUGGGUCGGACUCAAUCUCCCAGCAACCCUGGGAGCAGGACUCAAACCCCCAGAACGCCCAGCAGGCCCCUGACCCCAAAUAGUUUACUGACACGAUCCACCUUCAACCCUGGAUCUCAUAAAGAGGUGACGUUCAGGAGGUCACGGAGCCGCCCUGUGACACCCACAUGUCAGCCCACACGUCCCCGACCGCUGCUCACCCCUCCUGGCCUAAGCACUACAGACAGCCUUGGUGCCAGCCUACGGGCCUAUCUGUCUGAGGAUGAGUUUUACCAGCAGUUACAGGCCAUCCGACAGCCUUGGCAUAUUCCCAGUGACACAGACAGUGACAUCCUGGAGCCUCCUGAACAGGAUAAGAGUGGUGCACGAGAUGCCAAUAAGAGAUCUGUGUUUUCAGGCCUAUAGUGACGAAGACCAGAGACAUUGAUCCAAUCAAACUAUUAUGCAAACCACUGGACAUUUUGAAUAUGUGUACAGAGACAAUUAUUUUUGUAAUUCAUACGAAUGGGGGGGAAAAAAAGAUGAUAUACUUUUUCACAGAUAUUUCAUAGACAUUGUACUGUAACUGUAUGAUGAAAUGUCAAACUAGUACUUUUUUUAUUUUUGUUUGCUCUAUAGCAUGCUAUUGCACUUCCAUGUGGAGUCCAGAAACGGAUACAUUUUGUUUGUUGUUGACAAACUUUUUCUAGGCCUAGUGCAUAUUCACAUUGUGGGGGCAGAACACACAUGUUAAAGUGUUUAUUGAUAUGCACUGUUAAAAGAUGUAGUGUUUUUCAAAAUAGCAAAUAGUUGUAGAGGGAAUACAAGGAAUGCUGUUAUAUUAAUUAAAAUGAUUUGGUGCACAUUUUGACACUAAUGCUAUGUGCUUACUUUUUCAAUUCAGAUCUUUCUCAUUAAAAAAAAACACCCUGAAGUCAUUAUUUAAAUGACUAAAGCUGUCAUAACCCAGGCUCUGUUUAAUCCAGUCAUUCCCAGAUACAUGAUCCAUCGAACUUUGUGUCUCUCAAAUGUACUUUGGUGCUGACAAAGACACAGAAAUCUGUUCCGACCAUGACUACAUUGCUCCUGUGUGUUUGCCUGGGCACGUGUUGGUUAAACUGUGGUUGUCUGAGUGUAACACAGGCAACGUCGGCUCCAGAAACACACACACCAUGGACACACCCUCAAGCCUGACACGGUCUUAUCCCUCCAUUCGAACCCUAUUGAGUUUUGUGGUGUGGAAUACCCAACUUUUCAGUCUGUCUCUCGGGAUGUGGUCAACAAACUACCCAGCUCUCGCAGUCCAAUUUCACUAAGGGUGAUUCCUGUAAAAGUAUGUGUGAGAAGACUAAUCACUUAAAACCCCAUUCUGUAAAACAUGGUAUGUGGAUUAAGGUCCCAUGUAUUUCAGCACACCAUGUGCUCAUUGGAAAGGGAUGUGGUUUUGAAAGAUCUGGGGAAGAAUUUGAGUACAUGGCAUAAUCAGUGGUGCCUUGGUAUAAUGUUUAUAUCACUAUAAACAAUAUUUUCCUGUCAGAAAAGGCAAAUGUAUUGCAUUCCUUAUUACAAUUUUCACAUUUCAUAUUCUAUUUUCACUUUGUUGGAGUUGGGAGUGUGAUUGCCAUCUGUUCUUGUCACCGAUCACCAGUGCUACAACUUCGUUUAUACUGUCAAUAUUUUCUCUGAGUUCAUAUGUCUCCUCCAGUCUAUGUCAGCAAAAUAUCAAGGCAUGAGGAGUUCUGGAAUAAGGCGAGACAAUUGAAGAUGAAGACUUAAAUUACUGCCACAGAUGUCACACAAAGACUGCGCUCUGAUGCUUUUCCCCCUCUCUGUGUAUCUUUGAAUGUCUCCGUAUGUCACAACUUAUAAAGAUGAAAUGGCGGGACUAUUACUGAUACCUCUUCUCGCCACAAGUUGCAUAUCAUAUAUGAGAUUAUAUCCAUAUGACUUCUUAAUGAUUAGUUCAAAGAUGAAAAUUAAUUUGAUGCUGCUCCUAUAUAAUCUUGAUCUUUAUAAUCAACAUCUGUCAUGUUGAGAAUCCGAGAGAUCAUAACACGAAUGCCAUCUCUCUGGUGUCUGAAGUAGGAAACCUCCAAUAUCUUCUUAAUGUAUGUUUACUGUGCAGGCUUUAUACACCAGGCCCAUUCAAAGCAACUGCAAGGGCCACCCAGGAAUAGCGGCAGACAUCACUGUACUUACAGGGAGCUCUGGACCACCAUCAAUGGUCAGCAGACUGACCCAGGUCUUAAUUUACAACUGAACAGACUGGGAUUUAUCCUGACGUACAGCACAAAUAUAUCUAUGGUGGAAAAGAGGUAUGCUUUGAAGGCAUAUAAAGUCAGUAUCGUUCGCUGCUUGAAAUGGAAAAA